CCUUCACCUCCUGAGUUUGUGGAGGAACUGAUGUUAUUUCCUUCUCUCCUCCUGCAGUAACUGGAAGCCACAUGUUAUGUCUUCUGUUCCUGCUCAUUUGCUUUCUGCCCUUCACACCUCGUUGCAUCCCUCCCUUCCCCUCCUCCGGUGCCUCACUAAAUACACGGGGCAAAAUCUGCUCUAAUGUGGGGAACAAGAGCAUUUCUUGGCCGCCCUUUAUCCUACCUCGGCAGGGACCCCGACUCCUGCUUUCCGAGCUAUCCCGGAGAACGGCUGUUCUUGAUGUGCUGAUGGAGGGUGGUUGUUCAGUGCCCCCUCACAGCCCCUUGUAUGUUUGGGGCUUUGCUUUGGCCACUGAGGACCAGCACCAGGAAGGGUCAGGCUGCAUCCACCCAUUUCCUCCAGAAACAACUCGUUUCUUUGGCAUAAUUGGGCCCUCUGCUCCUCCGCCAUUCAGUCUCUGUGCUCUGGUGUUAUUAUUACCUCUCUGUACCUCCGAUUAGCCUUUUGAAGGCAAGCUUGUCCUUCUGGUGUUUGUGGUGUCCUUCCCUUGAUUCUUUUGAUGACCGAUGUUAAACUACGCUCUUCCUCGUUGUUAAGAAUUGUGUCUGCUGCUGUGCCUGCUGUUGGUUUAAAAACCUGUUCUGCCUGCUCCUCCUGGCUUUCUAGAACAUGGGCUGGAGGUGUCUUGGCUCCUCCGAGCUGGGCUGCUUCUGUUUUCUCUUUGAUCCUUCCCUAAGUGUGAAGCAUGAAAUGAUUUGGGGUGCUGUGGGGAGCCUGUUUGGCUCGAGCUGAUGUCCUCUGUAGUUGGAUCUGUUCUGUGACCUGUCUCCAUCACGCCGACCUUGAAUGUUUUCCACAGCAUGCGAUGCUCUGCAGGUGCUGUAAAUUCCUUCUGUUCGAUUUCACUCCAGCAAGCUGCUUAUCAGGCACUCUUUUGAAAACUGUGUUCAUAUUUCAUACACACAAUUAUUCAGCAACUAUAAAAGGGAAAAAUUCCUAUUUAUAGCACAAGUACCAGCAUCAAAUAGGACACUGAAUUCUCACUGAUAGAGGAAGUGACCUGUUCUCUAAUGCAGCAAUAUUUCUGCUGAAAAGAAACAGCAUCUUGGAUGGGGGAGGGUUGAAAAGCCCUAGGCCAUCUCUUUCCAUUAAAAAUGUGCUGCAGUCCUGAAACUACAGUACCUGCCCUUUUCCCUUCCUGAUGAAACCAUCUGUGAAAGAGAGAUUGCAGAGAAACCUUUCACUGUGGAUUUGUGGUUAGUAAUAAUGAGUCUGCUGACUCCUGAAGGUCUGGCUUGGAGCUGGUCUGAAGUUUCUGAUCGAUACCUGCUCUCUGACCUUGAUCUGGGGGUGAGAAGUGACUGCAGAGUGCUGUGGGCAAGGAGCACGAACCCCUUGUCUGUAGAGUUUGUACAAUCACAGUGUGUGUGCGCAGCCCUGAAAAAGGACGUGUGGGGCCAAGGAACAAAGAACUGACUGAGAGCAAUGAAGGGAAGGGGUGGGAAGAGCUUGGGGACAGCGCUGGGGACAUGGGUGACAACUGCGGAGAAGGUGAGUGCCUGUUUUGUGUGAGCCUGCUUCCCACCACUACCUCUGCUCUCCCUUCCCUUCCAGGUAUGUUGAGCCACGACUUCUCCCAAGGCUGUACUGGUAUUGCUGGCCUUUGCUUGUCACUGUUCCCUGUUGUCACCUUGUCCUUCCCCUGGUCUCCAGGCUCUAAGAAGAGCUGCAGUGGGUGCUACCAAACCAGGAGGACCAGAGGAUGGGAUUCCCCCUCCUGUCGCUGUGGCAACCGUCGGGAGGGAAGCAGCGGCGGGGUGUGAUCUGCGUGCAGGGUGUGAUGCGGAGGCAGGGCUGCGCUGACAUCACGCCGGGGAGGUGGCGCAGGGGGAAGGGGAGUGGGAAAGGAGAGCGGGGAGACUGCGGAGAGACAAGCGCUGCAGCGGGAGCGGGCUCCAGGGAGAGCUGCCGGUGGGACACGGUGCCCGGAGCCUUCGGAACGAGCCUCGCCCCGGUCGCCAUGGGCUCCGAGCGGGAUUCCGAGUCGCCGCGCUCCUCCUCCAUCCAUUCGGCCGCCGCCAAGUGCCCGAAGCCCGGUCGCCGCCGCCGCCUCUCCUUCCAGAGCGUCUUCUCCGCUGCCGCCGCCUCCGCCGCGGGCGGCCGCCGCCGCGCCAAGGCCGAGCCGCCUCCCGCCGCUCCGCCGCCGCCUCCCGCCGCCCCGCCGGCCCCGCCGCCUCCCCCGCCGCCGCCUCCGCCGCCCCCCGAGGAAGCUCCGGUGGUCCCGGAGGGCGGCGGCGAAGAGGAGCUGGAGUGUCCGCUGUGCCUGGUGCGGCAGCCGGCGGAGAACGCCCCGCGGCUGCUGUCCUGCCCGCACCGGUCGUGCGGGGCCUGCCUGCGGCAGUACCUGCGGAUCGAGAUCACCGAGUCCCGGGUCAACAUCUGCUGCCCCGAGUGCAGCGAGCGCCUCAACCCCGCCGACAUCCGCCGCCUCCUCCGCGACUCCCCGCACCUCGUCGCCAAGUACGAGGAGUUCAUGCUCCGCCGCUGCCUCGCCGCCGACCCCGACUGCCGCUGGUGCCCCGCCCCCGACUGCGGUUAUGCGGUUAUCGCCUACGGCUGCGCCAGCUGCCCCAAGCUGACCUGCGAGCGGGAGGGCUGCCAGACCGAGUUCUGCUACCACUGCAAACAGAUAUGGCACCCCAACCAGACCUGCGACAUGGCCCGGCAGCAGCGGGCGCAGACCCUCCGCGUGCGGACCAAGCACACGUCGGGCCUCAGCUACGGACAGGAGUCCGGGCCGGCCGAUGACAUCAAGCCGUGCCCGCGCUGCAGCGCCUACAUCAUCAAGAUGAACGACGGGAGCUGUAACCACAUGACGUGCGCGGUGUGCGGCUGCGAGUUCUGCUGGCUCUGCAUGAAGGAGAUCUCGGACCUGCAUUACCUCAGCCCCUCUGGCUGUACAUUCUGGGGCAAAAAGCCAUGGAGUCGUAAAAAGAAGAUUCUCUGGCAGCUGGGCACGUUGAUCGGCGCUCCUGUAGGCAUUUCCCUCAUUGCUGGCAUUGCCAUCCCCGCUAUGGUCAUUGGCAUCCCGGUCUAUGUUGGGAGGAAGAUCCACAGCAGGUACGAGGGAAAGAAAACCUCUAAGCACAAGAGGAACUUGGCCAUUACUGGUGGUGUCACCUUGUCGGUCAUCGCCUCUCCCGUCAUCGCUGCUGUCAGUGUUGGUAUCGGUGUCCCCAUCAUGCUGGCGUACGUCUACGGCGUUGUGCCCAUCUCGCUGUGCCGAGGCGGUGGCUGCGGGGUCAGCACUGCCAACGGAAAGGGUGUGAAAAUCGAGUUUGAUGAAGAUGAUGGACCGAUCACGGUGGCCGACGCCUGGCGAGCCCUGAAGAACCCCAGCAUCGGCGAAAGCAGCAUCGAGGGCUUGACCAGCGUGCUGAGCACCAGCGGCAGCCCCACCGACGGGCUCAGCGUCAUGCAGGGCAACUACAGCGAGACAGCGAGCUUCGCCGCGCUCUCGGGGGGCACCCUGAGCGGCGGGGUCCUCUCGGGGGGCAAGGGCAAGUACAGCAGGCUGGAAGUCCAGGCAGAUGUCCAGAAGGAGAUUUUCCCCAAAGACUCGGUCAGCUUGGGGGCUAUCAGCGACAACGCCAGCACUCGAGCCAUGGCUGGUUCCAUCAUCAGCUCCUACAACCCCCAGGACAGGGAGUGCAAUAACAUGGAGAUCCAGGUGGACAUCGAAGCCAAACCCAGUCACUACCAGCUGGCCAGUGGCAGCAGCACCGAGGACUCUCUGCACGUUCACACCCAAAUGGCAGAGAAUGAGGAAGAGGAGGAGGAGGAGGAGGAAGAGGAAGAGGAUGGCGACCAGGAGCAGAUGUGCAAACACCAAAGCUGUGAGCAAAAGGACUGCGUUACCAGCAAAACCUGGGACAUCACCCUGGCCCAGCCUGAGAGCAUACGGAGCGACCUGGAGAGCUCCGACAGCCAGUCGGACGACGUGCCCGACAUUACCUCGGAUGAAUGCGACUCCCCCCACUCUCAGACUGCGGCCGCCUGCCCCCAGACCCCCAAAACUCGAGGUGCUGAGAGCCCAAGUGCCCACCUGAGCCACUGUGCCCAAGCCGAGGGCUGCAGGCUGGAUGAAAUGGUCAAACUGGAGUGCAUCGAAGCCCGAGUAUGAAGUGGCCUCCUGCUGCAAAGCACACUCGCUGUCAUGGCAUCUUUUUUGGGGCAGGGUUGUGUCUGUGUUGGCUUGUUUUGCCGUCCUCCGGCUGGACCCCCAGCCUUGCCUUGGGGAGCUGCUGUUUCUUACGUGACAAAAAAAAGGAAAAGGAAAAAAAAAUCCCCCCCCCCGCCCUCUUUUUGUUUUAAUUUAUUGGUUCAAGCUCUGUGAGGUGUGUAAGAGUGUAAAUAUGUACGUGUGUCUGUAUGUCUGCAACCAUCCUAAGGGACUAUUUGAAUAAAGACUCUGGUUGUCAUUCGA